UUCAAAUAGUAGCCACCACGCACCGUUGGCGGUUAGAUUGCGCCGAGACUUUCAACCGUUAGCACCGUUUGCCGUUGUUACGCCAGUCGUUCGCGCGUCCGCGUCUCAGUUACCGUCGUUACGCAUCCGCAUCAGUCUUUUCUUAAGUGAAAUAAGUGACUAAAGUGGAGUUUGUGUGCGAAUUAAAAAGAAAAACUACCGUAAAUUUGUGAUUUAUCAAGGUGAAAUGGAGUAGAACAGUCUCGGACGAACAGUUGAUAUUGGAACGUACAGUUGAGUGGAGUGAGUGUUUUGGCUGCAGUGGAUAGAAAAAGUGAAGGAAUUAUCAAUCAGAGCGUCAGCAUCACAUCGCGCAACGUUUGGUGGUGAUUGAUGAUCUGAGUGGCGCAGAGUUCGACAAACGAACGUCAGCCUACACUCCGGACGAUUGACAACAUACCGCCUUGAUACAACUUUUAUUCCGAUCUAUACACCCAAUCUGUAAUCAGCGUCCAGCUCCACGUGGCCACCAGUAGGGAAAACUGGUUAUGGGCGCCAGCAAAACUGCUAGCAAUUGAUAAAUAAAAUUACAUCAGCCAAUCCAGGAUUUAACCGGUUCAACAAUGGCAGUUUAGGCAGGGCACUGCAGCAUUGAAUGAAUUACCACGGGAUAGAACGACGGCCCAGCGCUCCUCGGAACACCUCCCAGCCCGACCGCUUUCUGUGUGUGAUUUAAUAAAGCGUCACCCGAAUCGCACUCCGGACCAUUGUGGGACCCGAUUGUCCAGCGCGUUACGAACCGGACGAGUGAACCGCUACACCAACAAACCCUCUAGCUGUUGGCUGCUGUUCGGGCAGGACGACGCGAACGCGCGAUUGCGAUGGCUUCCGACCACCAUGUUCGGUUUCUGCCGCUGCUGCUGAUACUUCUGCUCGGCGAUGCUGGCCAGGCUGCCGAUCCCGUUGGCACGGGUGGACCUUCCCUGGUGCACGUCGGUGAGGACGCACUGCUAACGUGCGUGGUGAUGACGCCCUUCAACAACGAUACCGUGCUGUGGCGCAAAGGACCGCACGAAAUCCUGUCCGCAGGGAUAAACCGGGUUACCGGCGACAAGCGGAUCAGUGUCCUGCACGAUGACUCGCCCAAAGGUAGAACCCCGCUCGGUGGCGACGUGUGGGUGCUUCUUAUCAAGGAAGCACGUUUGAACGAUUCCGACGUGUACGUGUGCGAGGUAAACAGUGACCCGAUUGUAAGGAGCUUCCAUCCGCUAACAGUUCGGCAACCGAAGAAGAAAACGGCCUCAAGUCGCAACGCAACCGAAUCCACCACCAGCAGCAGUAGCACCACAUCACUGCCCGGCCAGUCAACUUCACCGGAAACCUCCGUAACCUCGGAAGAGGACGAUUCGUCCGACAUGUACACCGACUCGGAGGAGGAAGUAAGCCAGGACGGUGUGCCGCUGGUGACGCACGAUUUCACCGACUGCUGCCACGCGAACAACGUGUCCGAAGGGUGCAUGGGAUUCUGCGUGCUGCACAACAUUCUCGACGGAUCGGCCGGUGCCGAGCCGGAACAGUGUGAGCGCGAUUUUCCCAACAUUGUGCGGUGCAUGGCGGACGGCCGGAACCAUGUGCCGUGCUGCGUGGAGAAAGGCAUCCCGGACCUCUGUCAGGAUAUGUGCCGCGGCGAGUAUACGCCUUUCACCGACCUGUUGAAGUCACGUGUGUCCUGCGUACAGCACACACUACCCGGACUGCAGUGCAUUCUGGACAACAUUCAACGGCUACCGUCGGAACCGCAGUCCGUUUCGGUGGAACCACUCACGGAGCGUUCGUUGCAGGUUAGCUGGCAGGCACCGGAGAAGCUGGCGGCCAGCGUAAAAUACUACCAGAUCAAUGCGACCCGACUACAUGCGUUCGAUCAGGACUAUCUUGCGAACGCAACCGACUCGAAGGAUGGACUGGUGACGCUGCAAGUUUCGGCCGAUCAAACAACGGCCGUCCUAAGCAACCUGACACCGUUCACGAUGUACACGGUCACUGUGAGUGCACACAACGAUCAUGGUUCGAGUCUGCCCAGUAUGCGCAUACGAGCCCUUACGCUUGAAGGUGGUGUCGUCAGCAAGCAGACGAGUGUGGCCGUCGUACCCGUGCUUCCUGAUGUGCGUGGCUGUUGCAUGAAGAAAGGCAUCACGCAUCGCACCUGUCUGGAGAAGAUGUGCGAUCCGGUGAAGGCCGACUUUACCGAGGUGCCCGACCUGAUGGUUUGCGCCCCGUGGGCUAACAUCACCUUUGCCUGUCUGGCCAACAACAUUGACCAUACACCGUGCUGCAAGAGUCGGGGCAUCCCCGAAGGAUGUCUCUCGUUCUGUUCCGGCACCGUGAAAGCGAUCAACUUCAACUACUUCAAGUGUCUGCAGUACAUGUCCGAGUACAGUAGCUGUUUGCUGCAGGGGUACGGCGUACUUUCGGGACCUCCAUCGAAGCUAAAGGCCCCCCUGAUCGCUAGCCAUUUUGUGGUGCUGGAAUGGAAACCGCCAAAGAUUCUACCGGACACGGUUACCGCUUACCAUCUGCACUACCGGAAGUUGGGCAGCGGCGAGGAGUACAUCGUGCUGGAGAAAGACCAAGCGCCGGUCAUUGUGGAGGAUCUGGAAGCGGCCACCUACUACGAAGCGUUUGUCGUUGCGGUUAAUGCGCAUGGCAAGGGUGGCCCUUCGCCGCGAUUAGUGUUCCAGACGAAGCGUGAUGCGGCGAUGGAACCAACCCACACGCACUACAACAUUUCGGCCUGCUGUCACGCGUCCGGAUUGCUUCCGCAGUGUGCUCCACUCUGUAGCUACGACGCGAAGAUGUCGGACAUUCAGAAGCUGGGCAAUACGUGCCGGGGACAGAUCGGAACGAUCGUGCGCUGUAGUGCUGGUGGACGCGAUCAUACGGCUUGCUGUAAUCGUCGUGCCGUGCCACCCAAGUGUCAGUCGCUUUGUCGAGGCGUUAUUACAAGUUCGCCCGCGGAAUGUUUGCCAUUUGCGGGUAACAUCAUACAGUGCUUUGAGGAGGGCAUCGGACACAUCCCGGCGCCGGUGGAAGAUCUGCACGUAACGUCCGUAACGAACACUUCCAUCUCGCUUGCCUGGGUACCGUCGGAGAUGGAGGCGAACAGUACGGAAAACAAACCGACGGACUAUUUGGUCCAGUACGGCAAGGUGAACAACAUGACGAUGUACGAGACUGUGAUCAAGCUGGAGCAUGAACUGAACACAACCGAAACGGACAUUGAGCUGAAGGACCUGGAACCGAAGGCACUGUAUCGCAUCACGGUAGUAUCGCGCGGUGAACAUGGUACAUCGCUACCCUCAUCCAUGCUGUUGAUCAACACCUCGCGAACGGAUUCGGCCAGCACGGUCUAUGGAGCACCUUCUCCACCACACUCGCUGUCAGUGUCUGCCCACAGUGCCACCUGGAUCACGGUAUCCUGGCAGCCGCCAGAGUUUUCGCACCCUCAUGAAACGAUCACCUACCGGGUGAUACACAAGGUGGCCAACAACUACACCGUCAUCGAUACGCGACUUCUGUGGGUGCGGGUAAACAAUCUACUCCCAAACACACAGCACAUUGUGUACGUGGUCGCGAUCGGAUCGAAGGGAACCAGCUUGCCAUCAGAAACGCUCGUUGCCUGGACAGAUCCUGCACUACCAGCUUACGUUGAUCCCCCAACAGUGCACCCAUCCGACAUCAUCUCCGAAGGUGGUUCCAUGACCAUUCUCUGUCUGGCUAUGGGAAAUCCCGCACCAACGAUCUCACUCUACGUCGGUGGACAUCUGGUGCGGCAGGACACUUCAAGGCACAUGAUCACCGUGAUACACAACGUGACGACGGACAUGGAGCACAUCUCCUGCUACGCCGACAAUGGUUACGGCAUUCCGAUGCAGGCUGCCAAGAAGGUCAACAUAAGCUUUGCUCCUCGCAUUCAGGCCUCGGGCAUUACGGUGGCAUCGGUGGGAGAGUCCGUGGACCUGAAGUGUACGAUCCGCGCACGUCCCAUUCCAAAGACGAUGUUCUGGCGGGAUCAUGACGGACGCGUUCCAGUGAUACAGGGCGGCAACUACGAUAUGUUCAUGAAGAAUGACGUUGAUGACAACUCGCUGUACGUGAUGACACUGACGAUCGCCAAGCUUAGCUCGCAGGAUGUUGGCGAUUACUUCUGCCAUGCCGAGAACGCGUUAGGCUCCUCAACCAGAGCAGUGUCAGUGCGUAUUCGCAAUACGGCUGCCUCGUCCAACAUUUCGGAGUGCUGCAUGGCACAGAACGUAUCGUCCGCGUGUAUGAGCGCGUGCUCGUUCUAUAUCGACAUCGAAAGUGUGAUCGAUCGGCCGGAGUGCAUUGUGGACUUUGACAAGCUGAUGCGCUGUGCCGCCGAUGGGUCGGACCAUCGCGGUUGCUGUGCGUCGAAGGAUGUACCGCGGCGCUGUCUGAACUGGUGUCGCGGUGAACCGAUCACACCGCCCGGUAUCUGUGCCCUGCAGCAUACCCGCACGAUCGUUGGCUGCUUCCAGGAGAAUCGUGAUCGUUUGCCGGGACCACCGCAAAACCUGAAGGUGCAGGUGUUGAGCGAUGAGGAAGUGCUUAUCCGAUGGGAUCCACCAGCAAAGAACCCAAGCACGGUGGAAGGUUACCGGGUGUUUUGGCACGAUCUCGAACCGGUCACCGACAACCUUUCGAACGUGAUCAACGGUCUCGCGACGAGCCGGCUGGACGCAAAGGAAACGAGCAUCAAGCUGGAGGGCCUCAAGCCGAACGUCAUGUACGAGCUCGUGAUCAAGGCGGGCAACCAUUUGGGUGCUUCGGUACUUUCGGAACCGCUGCGAUUUACGCUCGGUGAUCAGCACAUCACCAGUGCGUCGCACGGCACGAACGCCGGCGUGAUCAGCGGCAUCAUAGCCGGCUUGCUCGCGAUCGUCCUGGCGAUCGCGGCUAUAUUUGUCGUGAAGCGCGGAAAGUUUGGACCGAAGCAAGCAAACGGGGGCGUUGCGUUCGAAAAUCCGAGCUACCUGCGCGAGAUGAACGUCGAACAUGUGCAGAUUCCAGCCGUUUCUGGGCCGGGGGUAGGCAAUGGCGCGGAUUGGCGACAGGAAUCGUUACACACGGCGAACGGUACCGCUACGACCGGACUCAACCAAGACAAUUCCGUCGUGCCGAUGGCCACCGAGGUUAACCCGUCGCUGUACGAGGAGCUCAAGCUUGGUCACGAUCGUGCCGGGUUCAAGCGGCUCGUCUCCUAGGAAAUGAUGAUCGCCGACCCGGACAAACCGCCGGUCGGAGGUGGCACGGUACUUGUACAUACCAGUGGACAGUUUUAGAUGUGAUCAUCGACCUACGCCGGGGUGGCUCGACCUGUGCCCACUAUCCGGCGCUGGCUCGAUACGUAGUUGAAGGCCGAUUUGUAUUUUGUACUCAUAAACUGUGAGCCGUAGAGCCCGCGUAGAACGGUGGGCACGAUGUUGAAAAUAGAGCUAAAUAGUAAGGCAACUCACGUAACAGCACUAGAGCAAAACGGGGGCAGAUGCGCUGAAACGGAGGAUACUGAUCCGCCGCCGUUGGUGGUUUUCUCCUUUCUCGCUGUCGCGUUUCACCGGGUGUGAUAGAGCUAUAGUGUGACGAACGGCACAAAACCAACCAAACACAACGACAGUGAUGAUGCUUCUUCAUUGCACACAGCACGGCGUGCUUGUAGCGGACAGUUGAGUCACCCACCUUGACAGCAUCCAGCAGUACCCAACCAUCACAAGUACCGCUCUAGUCAAAUCAGGCAAACACGAAAACAAUAUUGGCACUAAGGUAACAGGACACCGCUCGUUGGGCAUUAUGAAUUUCCAAAUCAGGCAACCAACCCUUCAGAUUUAACAGCUGAUUAGUUACCAGUAACCGUGCGUCAUCUGAUCUGAAUACGACAACGACAUGUCGAACAUGUGCAAUCUCUCAAUAGCUGUGUUGUUAUUAUUAGUAUGUCGGUUUUUGUGCACAGUACGUUUUAAAUUAUCUCACAACGAGGCAGAAUUCUACUACCACGCCAAUGCACAAGACGCAAGAGACAAACCCGGUCUCCCAUCACCCAUGUUAACGAGCACGAAGGGAGAACAAACAUUCCUGACCGAAGACAGCCAAUAGUAGCCGUAGGUUUGGUGUUGAGUUGAGUGUUGAAUUUCGUUGCUGUCUGACCGUGGACCCCUUUAGUACCAGUGCACACCAGGCAAAAGUAUCGCGAGGGAUGAGGGUGCCGGUGAGGGAAGUACGUGAAACACAUUUUAUUAGCAAACGGAUGACCAGUUGUUUGAGCUAUUUAGUAAAGAACGAGCGUGACUGUCUGUGUGUGUGUGUGUUUGAGUGAAUGUAUGUGUGUGUAUAGUUUGUAACGGGUGUGUAUGUGUGCGUGUGUGAAAUAGUGCGAAGUUGUGCGCAGUAGACAAAAGUGAACGACGAUAAAAGGAGACAGGUGGAACAGGUUGGUCAGUGUCAUGCGGGAAGGAAGCAAUAAAUUUGAGGAUAGUUUUUAUAAUAAAAAAAUUACACUUUAAAGUUAAA